GACAAAGUAGUUGUGAAAAUGUCGUCUAGAAGCAUUAUCUUUUUUUUCUGUUUAAUAACUUUGGCAUAUAGUAAAUUACAACUUCCACCUGAUCUGCAAGAAUACGCGGAUGAAUUACAUGAUUUAUGUAUCAAAAGAACUGGAAUAACGGAAGAUGACCAUAUAGCCUAUGAUAUAGCAAAUAAUCCUCACGAUGAAAAACUUCAAUGUUACAUAAAGUGUCUUUUGAUGGAGGCAAAUUGGAUGGACAAAGAUGGUGUUAUACAAUAUGAUUGGAUCGAAGAAAACAUUCAUGAAGGCGUUAAGGACAUCGUACUCGCCGCCCUUAGGAAAUGCAAAAAUAUAAAUGAGGGUGCUAAUCUUUGCGAAAAAUCUUCACAUUUCAACGCCUGCAUGUAUGACGCUGAUAAGGAGAACUGGUUCCUGGUAUAAGCUUCCAAUUUUGAAUAACGAUGGAUGGAUUAUUCAAUUUACGAAAUUACGAACAAACUAUGCAUAAAUCUAUAGAUGUAGAUGUAACAUCACAUUUAAAUAGUUAUUUUAAUGAUCCGACUGGAAAUUUCUGACUUUUUUUUAAUAUUCAAAAUAAAGUUUUAACAAAGUAGUAAUA